GGCAUGGAAAAUUGCAUGUAGACAUCUACGUUAGUUGUGGAGACGGAAAUUGUAACGAUGCAACUAGAUUUUAAGGUAAAUAGUUUAGUUGCAACAAAACAUACUUAAAUGAUGACCGUGCAACAAAUGGUAAAGUUAGUGGCAACUGGUGCAAUUUCCCCCUAAAACGACGUAGAACUUCUUCAACUCAGCCCACCUCCACUACCAAGCUCUUCCGUCAUUACCGUCAAGCCAUGGCGAGCGUUUCAAUCCCCUUGUCUCUGCCUCACCUCAAUCUCCGCCGAGUCAACCGAUUCUCUGGUAUGGCUUCCGCAAGCGCAAACCGAGCGACGGGGCCGUCGGCGGGAGUUAAGAUCACGGAAGGUGUAGGUAACUUGCCCAGAGUCGUCCUCACUUCUCCUCACGGCAGUGAGGCGGAGAUUUACUUAUACGGAGGGUGCUUGACGUCCUGGAAACUUCCUGGCGGGAAAGAUCUUCUUUUCGUACGCCCUGAUGCUGUGUUCGACAAGAAAAAGCCAAUCAGCGGAGGCCUCCCCCAUUGUUUCCCACAGUUUGGACCAGGUGCUAUUCAGCAGCAUGGAUUUGCUAGGAAUAUGGAUUGGUCAGUUGUCAAUUCUGAGAAUGUGGAGGGUGACCCUGUUGUAACAUUUGAGUUAAAGGAUGAACCUUACAGUAGAGCUAUGUGGGACUUCGGUUUCCAAGCUCUAUACAAGGUAAUGCUUAAUUCAAAGAGCGUUUCCACAGAACUUAAGAUUACUAAUACAGAUAGCAAGCCGUUCUCGUUUACGACUGCUUUGCAUACAUAUUUCAGUGCUGCUGUGACAGGGGCAUCAGUGAAGGGUUUGAAAGGUUGCAAAACAUUGAAUAAAGAUCCUGAUCCUAAAAAUCCUUUGGAGGGACAAGAGGAAAGGGAUGUGGUCACUUUCCCUGGGUUUAUAGAUUGCAUUUAUCUUGAUGCUCCAGCUGAGCUUCACCUUGAUAAUGGCUUGGGUGAUGUGAUUACGAUCAAGAAUUCAAAUUGGACAGAUACUGUGCUAUGGAAUCCACAUCUUCAGAUAGAAGCAUGUUACAAAGAUUUUGUUUGUGUUGAAAAUGCUAAGAUUGGGAGGGUACACCUAGAGCCCAGUGAAUCCUGGGUAGCUACACAACAACUUAGUCUCAGUUAAAGUUUCUAUUCAAUUUGGUCGACGAGCACUUUCACUGCAGUCUGCAGGUUCCUGUUUUUUAUAAGCGUUUUCAGCCUUGUAAACAAUAAGAGCAAUAAUUUUAC